AUGGUGAAGAUUCAUCCUGACAAGGCAUUGAUUCCGAGGGUCUCCGUCGCCGGGAAAGACAAAGCUUCGCCGUUCUUGACGACGGAGAAAGAGACUUUCACGAUUUGGAUGAGAUCGCUUGUGUUCCACACCAAAGGCUGCACCGUUUUUGAUUCUAAAGGAAACUUAAUAUAUCGUGUGGAUAAUUAUAGCUCCAAGAGCUUCACUGAAGUUUACCUUAUGGAUCUAUACGGAGAAAUCUUGUUUACAUUACAUCAAAAGAAAUCGGGAAUAUUCAAAUCUUGGGAAGGAUAUAACUCAAGCGGGACAAGAUUUCAUCUAAGAAAGAGUUUUAAGAUUUCGCCAACAUGUUCAUCUUCGUCUUACAAAGUUGUAAUGGGACCAGGAGGUAGUGAUGAUAAACAAUCUUGUUACAGGAUUGUAAACCGGGGAUCCAAAUUCACAAUCGAAGAUGGAUCGGGAAGAUUAAUGGCAGAAGUUAAAAAGAAACAAUCGAAUGUUAACGGUUUGGAAUUUGGAGAAGACGUCUUGACGAUGGUGGUGGAGCCACAAGUUGACCAUUCUUUCAUAAUGGGUAUUGUUAUAGCCUAUAGUCUCCUCAGAUGUAAAUUGUGA